AUGUCCGUCCGCCAUCGGACGCGUCCACCGCCGCCGCCACGUCGCCAGCCAAUCGGCGGCCGCCACGUCACCACCGCCGCCGCUCUCCUCCAACCCGCGGCCGCCACCUGUCCCGCCGCUUCCCCGCACCGCGCCAGGCCCGCCGGGCCUGGAUCGGGCCGGCGGGGCCCAUCCCGCCGCCGCCGCCACCCGCGGGCGCUGCCCCGCGCGAGCCUCCCCGUGGCCCGGUCGCCCGCCCUUCGCCGGCGCCCUCCGCCGGACUCCGCCGCCAUCGCCUCGCCGCCACCAGACCCCGCGGCUCCUCCGCGCCGCCAGGCCGGAUCCGCCCCGCCGUGCGCCGCCCGCGCCGGCGACUGCGCCCCCGCCUCCGGCCGCUCCCCCUCGCCGUCUCCCUCCUCUCCUCCGCCGGCCGGCGACCUCUCCCCGAGCUCCGGCGAGCGACGAACCCUAGCCUCGGCCCGAUCUAGAUCCACCGGAGAAUCAUUCCAUGCUUUCUUUUUUCUUGAUAAGUUCCUGUAG